CUGGUCGUCUUUCGCCGCCUGGUGCCGCGCGCCGCUCGCUAGCUGAGAGGGAGAAGGAAGCAGCUAGAUCCAGAGCCCUACCUAGCCCAGCCCAACCUUUGCUCCAGAGAUCAUGGCUGCCGAGGAUGUGGCGGCGACGGGCGCCGACCCAAGCGAGCUGGAGAGCGGCGGGCUGCUGCACGAGAUCUUCACGUCGCCGCUCAACCUGCUGCUGCUCGGCCUCUGCAUCUUCCUGCUCUAUAAGAUCGUGCGCGGAGACCAGCCGGCGGCCGGCGGCGACAACGACGACGACGAGCCGCCCCCGCUGCCCCGCCUCAAGCGGCGCGACUUCACCCCUGCAGAGCUGCGGCGCUUCGACGGCGUCCAGGAUCCGCGCAUACUCAUGGCGAUCAACGGCAAGGUGUUCGACGUGACCAAAGGCCGCAAGUUCUACGGGCCCGAGGGACCAUACGGGGUCUUUGCUGGAAGAGAUGCAUCGAGGGGCCUUGCCACAUUUUGCCUGGAUAAGGAAGCACUGAAGGACGAGUAUGAUGACCUGUCUGACCUCACUCCUGCCCAGCAGGAGACCCUGAGUGACUGGGACUCUCAGUUCACUUUCAAGUAUCAUCACGUGGGCAAACUGCUGAAGGAGGGGGAGGAGCCCACUGUGUAUUCAGAUGAAGAAGAACCAAAAGAUGAGAAUGAUCGGAAAAAUGAUUAAAGCAUUCGGUGGAAGCAUAUCUAUUUUUGUAUUUUACAGGAUCAUUUGUAACAUUCCAGUCUGUCGUUAAAACAUGGUGAUUUCAAUAUUUAGGAAAGUUUUGAACUUGCUGUAAAUUUUUUAAUUAUUUGUAACAUCACUAGUGACACUGAUAAAAUUAACUUCUGUCUUGGAAUGUACAUAAUGUGUAUGUGUCACAAGUCCAGAAAGUGAACUGCAGUGCUGUAACAAAAAUAUUAAUGUUAAUACUGUUUUUCUUCUAUCUAAUUGUUAGUACAGGCUGAAUUUAAAUUUGUUUUUCCUGAGACAGGUAAGACUUUGAUAUUUCCCACAACAGGCAAAAAAUGUUAAAUGUGCAAACCAUUCAAGCACCAAGAAAAUAGGAUCAACUUUUAGUCAUGAUGUUCUAUAAAGACAGCAAUUGACUUAACUGCAUGAUUUCUGUUUUAUCUACCUCUAAAGCAAAUCUGCAGUGUUCCAGAGCUUUUGCUAUUGAUUCAAGAGAGCUGUCUGGAGACCAGAUGAAAUCUUAAAGCUGGACUCAUGUGGAAGAACAAUAUUUACUGUGUUUCUGGAAUGCUUUGUUGUCUCUCCCCUCAUUUGGACAUUCAUACACCCUCACUAACAAGGUAAUCUACAGUUAGGAUUAAAAUAGGAUCUGAACAUACAAAGGAAACACUUUAGAAAAAAAUCAGCCAUCUUGCCUAAACACCAAAAUUUCUGAAGAAGACUGUAGUACUAUCUUCCUAAUUCCCAUAUUCAUGGCAAGGCAAUGAUUAUUCUAUACAUGUGAGGGAGGGCCAUACAGAAUAGGAACAGGUGUUUGCUCUCCUACAAGCCUUCACACACAUAGACCCAAAGAAUUAAGAAACCGUACACAUCACUAGCAAAGUGAUUUUUAAAGUAUUUUCAUAAGAUUACAGCCAUUCUUCUUUUGUUGCAAAACUAUAGCCACUGCAAAAGUAGUAGUCGAGUAUCUAAGUCUUCGAUAUUGGUCUUUUGGUUAACACUAAACUUAGCUUAAGUAGACUGUACAGUUGUAUGAAUUUGUAAAAGUAUUACAUGAACAACUAGUGAGAUUUCAAACUUCUUGUAAUUGUAGUUCAACAGUCAUUGUAUUUUCUUGUGAACCGUGUUUAAUGGUUUUACCUCAAAUCAGAAAACAAAAUGAAGUGCUUUGGUCAGUUAAUAAAAUGGUUUUACCCAGUA